CCCACGUGAUCGCCGAUGGUAAUAUUCAUUGGAAAGCGGCGAGGAGGAGUUUCCUCGAUCUAGAUGAAUUCUGUAAAACUUUGUAUGUAUAUGCUGGUUGCAAUUGUCUGUUUCUACUGAAUAAGAAAGACUUAAAGGAUGCGACAAACAGCGUUCUUUUCUGUACAGCUGUGGCGAGUCAGUCCCGUUGGUGGUGAGUUUCCUGCUCUUUGAAGAAGGUCCUGACCCCAAACCAAAGAUUUACUCCAAGAUCUUUGCCGCAAACCUUGCCCGACUUGCGGGCUUUUUCCAGCACUCUCUGUUUCACUUCCAGCGCCCGAAGAGCAUGCUGCUCCACUUUCUCCUGCUCCUGCUGCUGCUGCUGCUGCCGUCUCUGUUCGAUGCAAAAGUCAAUAGGGAAGAAGUGUAUGGAAUUCCGGGUUCAUCAGUUUUACUGGAUCCCAAAAUUAAAGUUGACCACAGCAAGAAGGACAUUAUUUGGGAGUUCAUCCCUGCCCGCAGAAGUGCUAUCACCAUUUUGCAUCAUAUCCGAGGUGUGGAGUUGGUGGAACCAAGUGAUCAUUUCAAGUCCCGAUUACAGUAUACUCCUUCUAAUGCCUCUUUAAUGGUAAAAGGAUUAGGACUCGAAGACCAAGGAGAAUACAGACUCACAAUCAAUGACCAAGUGGUGAAAAUCAUACAGUUGUACCUCUUUGAUGAGCUGAAAGAAGCUUUGAUAUCGACCAACUCCACCUCCCUGGGUUCCACCAUCCAGCUCACCUGUAAUGUUAGUGGAAAUGUUGACGAGUAUCAGUGGUGGAAAGAUGGAGGGGAAAUCUCCCGGCAUCACCAGCUAAUAGAUCAGAACAGGAGUCUUGUGAUUCCAGGAGCUUCGAGGCGUGACUGUGGAACAUACACCUGUGUCGCAACCAAUCCUGCCAACUUCAUCCAGAAAAAUCACACACAGAAUAUUUACGGAUUUCCCCCUCUGGAACUCACAAUUAUUAUUCUGUCGAUCAUAGACGUGGUGAUGUAUUCAGCAUCUCUAAUUACCUGUCUGUAUCUUCAUUGCUGGAAGACGAAAUUGGACAAAGCUCUGAAGAGGAGUAAAUGUUGGUUGCAGGACACAUUUCAGAUCACAUUUAAAGAUAUGAAGAAGAUCAGACGUUGGUUACCUGACCUGCGUAUCUGUAACAUUGUGUCUCUUGUUGCCAUCCUUUGCUGGAUCACAAUUCAAGGUGUUAACCGUGUACUGGUGGCAGGUUUAUGCAGUGUGUUGGUCCAGCUUCUGGCUUUGAUUCUACCAUUCGCUGUUCAGAAGUUACCUGAAGUUGAAAAGAUCGGAUGUAGGAAUUUGAUGGUAUAUGGAUUGCAGGUCAUUGUGAUGGCCAUCUCAAUCUAUUCCUUAACAAUGGUGAUUCAUCAAAACAGUUGUGACAGCAGCCUUACAACAUGGGGAAUAUUUUUCACUUCAAGGAUCGGGUGUGUGGUGAUCUUCAUCUUGCAUAGUGUGUUCCUUCACUGCAAAAGCAAAGAUACAAGCGGGAACAUCGACACUGAUAAAGGACAGCAGGAUAUUACAGAAUUGGAACAAUUGAAAACGACCAUACCAGAUGAUCCUGUAUACCUGUCACCCAAUUGAGAAUGGGCACGACAGCCAUCAUUUUCAGAUGUAUUCUCAGCUCAAAGCCUUGUAGCAAGACUUCUGAGGAUCAAUGCCUCGGCACACAAGGCUUCAUGCAAACUAAAUGUGUUAAGGUCUCCUCUAAGUUCAGACAAUGUCUCACACAUCUGUGGACUACUUUAACAGUGGAAGUUACAAUCACAACCUGAUUUAGGUCACAUGGCUGUCACUACUAAUCCUCAGAUUGUGUUUGGAUAGACUACAACUCAACAAUAUGAACACUGUAUUCUCGAAUAUCAAGCAAUAAUCUCCCCCUAUAUCUCCCUUUCCCACCCUUGCAUUCCAGUUGCGCCUAAUUUUCUCAACAGAGGCAACUCUGCUAAUUUCCCUUCCUCCCAAUGCUCAUCUCCCAUUUCUGAAUUCCGUGAUGUUUUUUAUCCUCUUUCCAUCUUUCACCAUGAUCUUCCAUCUGGCUUCAAUCAUGGAGCAGGACAGCACGGAAAUGGGGCCCUUCAGCCCACUUAGUCCAUGUCAACCAACUUAGCAUUCUCAGCUACUCCCAUUUGUCUACACUUACCUGAUAUCCCUCUAAACCCUUCCUAUCAAUGUACCUCUUUAAAAGUCAUAAUUGUAUAUGAUUCCUCUGGCAGCUCAUUACAUAUACGCAAUAUGCGGAGUGAAAAAGUGCCCUUGAGGUCCCUAACCCUAGUUUUAGAAUCC